CCGACAGCCGCACGACUCAGUACGAGUAGCGCUAUGCACUGUGCAGUACGCACCUGUUGAAUGAACUGUGUAUUGACGGCAGUAUAGACGAUUACAUCAUCGGCUCCGUCUGGCCCGUUCAAACGGUGUACGGAUGGCGUAAAAGACGGAACCGAAGUUCAAACCGCUGCAUUCAUUAAACGGACUUUGUACAACCGGCGUUAACCUUUUUUGUUUGCCCGUUUUUGUCAUUACAAACAGGUGUUCGGUUCCUUCUUCCCGCGUGCCGGUCACGCGCAGAUCAUUCGAUAGCAUUUUCGAACUGACCAAAAGUCUCCACGAUUUUAUCGCUGUACACUGUAACAUUCGAAACAUGGACGAUUGCGCUGAAUUGGGCUGGAGCGAUAUUCCGUUGGAUUUAGUGUGGGAAAUCUACUCGUAUCUCGAUGCGGUAGCCAUUACGACAAUCGGCAGGGUAUGCAGUUUGUGGCAGACGCUACGGGAUGACCGACCCAGAGCGCAGCACCGCGUCGCCACCUUAGAGGUCACCGAGACAGGAUGCCUGAUCGCGACACUCCCGCAGUCCUUUUCCGUGUUCGGCCGCGAUAUCCUGCGUUCCUGCGUCCGCUCCAUCCUGCCGUCCACCGUGGACACCGUCGUCGUCCGCAAAGCGGCAUCCGAAUUCUGCCCGCCCGUUAACAACCCCAUGGAUGUGUACGAGUACUCCGAUGACAUGCAGGGGUUGAUGCGCUCCAUCGCCAGUACGCGACCGCAGACCACUAGCGACACCGACACCGUCUUCCCCAUGACGACCGUCCACCAUCCCCUCCCGCUCCUGGUCCUGUCCCACAUCACCCUGGCGCAGAACCUCUUCCACAGCGACCAGUACUGCUACAGCGCCCCCUGGGUGCACACCGUCCGCCUGCACCGCGUCAGUCUGCGCGCCCGGAUGCCCUUUGACGAGUGGAUCAUCUUCGCGGCGGAGGUGGCGGACGCCGUGAUCCCGGUGGCCGACGGACCGGGACUGGGCUUCACCCGCGGCACGGAGCCGUAUUGGGCCUGGCCGCGCUUCGUCGCUGAGUCUGCCGGAGCGCUAACGGCGGAGGAAGAGCAACGGGCGGUGGCGUUACUGGGGCAAUAUGAUGACGGGAUGGUUAAGGAGCUGACGCGGUUUUUGGCGCGUUCGCGUGACAUGUUUGAGGAGGACGGUCUGCCGGCCGGCGCGUACAAACCGAAGCCGUUGAAACCGGAAACGUUCCUGAAGGGGACUCCGUGGUUGAAGCGUUUCGUUCUGGCGUUCCUUACCGGAUAAACCGGUUUAAUUUACAGUUUUUGUCAUCCACGUUGGACUGGUGUUUUAUGCAGAUGGUUAUUGUUGUAUAUACUUUUCAUUGCAGUAUUUAUUCCUUAACCCCGUUGUUAUUUGUUGGGUUUUUAAGCCACCGGUUUAAUUUAUUAAUAUAUGGCAGUUUGUAAUAAUUUUUUCUAGUUUUCUAAGCGACCAUGUGAAUUAUUCAGUAAAGAUCU